GCAGAAACUCCAUUGUACCAGAAUUGUUUGAGCUACACAAAGGUUUCUGCAAUCAUGGGACUUUACCGGAUAAAGGUCAAGAGUGGUAUGUCAGAAAACUUUUUUGAUCAGCUUCUAACCCUAGUUCAUGACAUGUUACCUGAAGACAAUGUGCUGCCUAAGUCUACAGAUGAGAUGAAGAGAUUUUUGAAGAUGUUUGGUUUUGGUUAUGAUUCUAUUCAUGCCUGCAAGAAUGAUUGCAUCCUUUAUCGCAAUGAGUAUGAGGAUUUGGUGACCUGCCCAAGAUGUAGUGAAUCAAGAUGGGAAAAAGACAAGCACACUGGUGAGGAUAAGAAAGGGAUUCCAGCAAAAGUGCUAAGGUAUUUUCCUAUAAAAGACAGAUUUAGGAGGAUGUUUAGGUCACCAAGGUUGGCUGAGGCUUUGUGUUGGCACUCCACUAAUGCUACUGAAGAUGGUACAAUGCGGCAUCCAGUUGAUUCAUUGACUUGGGGUCAGAUUAAUGAUAAAUUUCCAGAGUUUGCUGCAGAUGCUAGAAACCUUAGGCUAGGUCUGUCUACUGAUGGGAUGAAUCCAUUCUCUAUCCAGAACACCAAGUACAGCACAUGGCCGGUGCUCUUAGUCAAUUACAACAUGGCUCCAACUGAGUGUAUGAAAGCUGAGAACAUGAUGUUAACGAUGUUAAUACCUGGACCAACAGCCCCAAGCAACAACAUUGAUGUGUAUCUACAGCCCUUGAUAGAUGACCUAAAGGACUUAUGGAAUGAAGGUAUUGAAGUUUUUGACUCGUUUAAGAAGGAAAGUUUCACUCUAAAAGCUAUGUUGAUGUGGACCAUCACUGACUAUCCAGCUUUAGGUACAUUAGCUGGAUGUAAAGUAAAGGGAAAGCAAGCUUGUAAUGUAUGUGGGAAGGAUACACCUCAUAGGUGGUUAAAGUUUAGUCGCAAGCAUGUAUAUAUGGGCAAUAGGAAAAGAUUGAGAUAUGAUCAUCCUUACAGACGCAGAAAAGGCUGGUUUGACAAUACAAUUGAGGUUGGUACUGCAAAGAGAAUUCAGAGUGGAGCAGAAAUCUCUGAGAGUCUUAAAGACUUUAUCAAUGUAUUUGGUAAACCUUUAGGCAAGAAAAAGAAAAGAAAAAGGAAUGACAACCAAGAAGAUGAUGCUAGUUCAGAGUAUGAAGAAGAUGAUGAUCAAUGGAGAUGGAAAAAAAGAUCAAUCUUGUGGGAAUUACCUUACUGGAAGGAUAUGCCUGUGAGACAUAAUAUAGACGUCAUGCACGUCGAAAAGAAUGUCUCUGAUGCAUUACUAUCACUUCUGAUGCAUAGUGUGAAAUCCAAGGAUGGCUUGAAAGCAAGAAAAGACUUAGAAGACAUUGGGAUUAGAAGCAACUUACAUGCACAAAUACGUGGGAAGAGAACUUACUUACCUCCAGCUGCAUAUUGGUUAUCAAAAGAAGAAAAACGUAUAUUCUGCAGAAGGUUAGCUAAAUUCAGAGGCCCUGAUGGUUACUGUGCCAAUGUCUCCAAUUGUGUGUCUGUAGAUCCUCCCAAUAUUGGUAGUAUGAAGUCACAUGACCAUCAUGUGCUCUUACAGAAUCUGUUACCAGUGGCAUUGAGAGGUUUACUGCCUAAAGGACCUCGUAUUGCAUUGAACCGUAUCUGCAAUUUCUUUACUAGGCUGUGCCAACGCGUAAUUGAUCCAGAGAAUUUAGUUGCCUUAGAAUCAGAGAUUGUUGAAACAAUGUGUCAGUUGGAGAGAUACUUCCCACCAUCCCUUUUUGACAUUAUGUUUCACUUGCCUUUGCAUUUAGCAAGAGAAACACGCUUAGGUGGUCCUGUCCACUUCAGAUGGAUGUAUCCAUUUGAGAGGUAUAUGAAAACACUUAAAGCAUAUGUGAAGAAUUUUGCAAGACCAGAAGCUUGUAUGGCUGAGGGCUACUUGGCUGGUGAAUGCAUCUCAUUUUGUUUGGAGUUUCUCCAGAAAUCUGUGCCAGUUCAAGAAAGACUGAAUCGCAAUGAGGAUGUGGAAGCAGAUCAACCUGUGCUUGAAGGCAGACCAUUGAAUAAGGCAACUGAAAAAACUCUCACAGAAAAGGAAAGAGAGAUAGCUCAUCGGUACAUUCUCAUGAAUACAGCAGUCAUGGAGCCAUAUGUUGAAUAUCAAGUAACUCGGAGAACCAUUCUACUAGGCUGAGAUGGCUUGCUUUUGGACCUAGACAUAAUGCUCAAACAUUCAAGGGGUAUAUAGUGAAUGGCCAUCGGUUCCACACUGAUGAUGUGAAGAGGAAGACUCAGAAUAGUGGAGUCAUGUAUGAAGCAUUUUCUAUGUGUAGAGCCAGUGCUAAAGAUACAAGACAUGAGGCAGACAUAGUAUCAUU